CCAUCCGUGUGAGCCCUCUCUGUCCGGAGCAUCCCUCCUAUCCCGGCGGCUCCUCCGCGGACAGUCAGAGUUAAAGGACGACACUUUGCUAAAUAUAUAUUGGAGUCCCAGACCUCUCCUGAGCUGUCAUGCCCGCUGACAUCCCGAUGCCCAGCGCCUGCGCUAGUCCACUGCAGCUGACGUCACACCCAGCAUGGCGGUCAAGGUGCAAGUAACAAAAAGAGCGGACCCCCAUGACUUGAAGAGUAUUUUUCUGAAGUAUGCCAGUGUGGUGGAGGAUGGGGAGCAUUACAUGACCCCCAGAGACUUUGUGCAGAGGUACCUGGGUCUGCAUGCACAACCUCAACAUAAUCCCAAGACCGUGGAGCUGAUAGCCGGCGUGGCUGAUACUACGAAAGAUGGGCUGAUUUCUUUCCAGGAGUUUCUGGCCUUUGAGUCGGUCCUGUGUGCCCCAGAUGCUCUGUUCAUUGUUGCCUUUCAGCUGUUUGACAAUACCGGCACAGGGAACAUCUCAUUUGAAAAUGUGCGUGACAUCUUCAGCCAGACCACGGUUCAUCACCACAUUCCCUUCAACUGGGACUGUGAGUUCAUCAGGCUACACUUCGGCCAUGAAAGAGACAAGAAGCUCAGCUACACAGAGUUCACACAGUUUCUGCAGGAGCUGCAGUUGGAGCACGCCCGCCAGGCGUUUGCACAGAAAGACAAGAAAAAAAGCGGCAGCAUCACUGCGUUGGACUUCAGCGACAUCAUGGCCACCAUCAGACAUCACAUGCUGACUCCGUUUGUAGAGGAGAACCUGGUUUCAGUUGCAGGAGGCAACAUCGCCCACAUGGUGAGCUUCUCCUACUUUAACGCCUUCAACUCCCUCCUCAACAACAUGGAGCUGAUCCGGAAGGUUUACAGCACCCUCGCCGGCUCUUACAGAGACACGCUUGUUACCAAAGAGGAGUUUGUUCACGCAGCAAAUAAGUUUGGACAAAUCACUCCAAUGGAGAUUGACAUCCUGUACCAGCUCGUCGGCCUGCACUCUCACUCCGGGCGGCUGAACCACGCAGACAUCGAGAGGAUAGCCCCGCUGGAGGAGGGAGCCAUGCCAUACCAGCUAGCAGAGGCCCAGAGACAGCACGCUCCCGAAACGUCUCGUCCCAUCUGGCUCCAGGCUGCAGAGUCCGCCUACAGGUUUACUCUGGGCUCAAUUGCCGGAGCCACUGGUGCCACUGCUGUGUACCCCAUCGACCUGGUGAAGACACGCAUGCAGAACCAGCGCUCCACAGGCUCCUUCGUAGGAGAGCUGAUGUACAAGAACAGCUUCGACUGUGCGAAGAAAGUGCUGCGUUACGAGGGCUUCUUCGGCUUCUACAGAGGUCUCCUCCCGCAGCUCAUCGGCGUCGCCCCGGAGAAAGCUAUCAAACUCACGGUGAAUGAUUUUGUCAGAGACAAGUUCACUUCACAAGAUGAUACCAUCCCUCUGGCUGCAGAGAUUCUCGCUGGUGGCUGUGCUGGAGGUUCCCAGGUGAUUUUCACCAAUCCUCUGGAGAUUGUUAAGAUCCGUCUGCAGGUGGCUGGAGAGAUCACCACAGGGCCCCGGGUCAGUGCCCUGAGUGUUGUGAGAGACCUGGGCUUCUUUGGCCUCUACAAGGGCGCCAAAGCUUGCUUCCUCCGUGACAUCCCUUUCUCCGCCAUCUAUUUUCCUGUUUAUGCCCACACUAAGGCCAAAAUGGCUGAUGAAGAUGGACAGCUGGGCGCCCUGCAGCUGCUCACUGCUGGAGCUAUCGCAGGUGUUCCUGCAGCUUCCCUGGUGACCCCUGCUGAUGUCAUCAAGACCAGGCUCCAGGUGGCGGCCCGGGCGGGCCAGACGACGUACAACGGAGUCAUUGACUGCUUCAGAAAGAUCCUGAAGGAGGAAGGUUUCAGGGCAUUUUGGAAGGGCGCAGGAGCUCGUGUCUUCAGAUCUUCGCCACAGUUUGGCGUGACCCUGGUGACUUAUGAGCUGUUGCAGAGAUGGUUCUACAUCGACUUCGGAGGACACCGUCCCAUGGGCUCCGAGCCGACCCCCAAACCAGCCCUCCAGGACCUUCCUUCUGUGACUGCAGACCACGUGGGCGGCUACCGUCUGGCUGCUGCAACCUUCGCCGGUGUGGAGAGAAAGUUCGGUCUGCACCUGCCAAAGUUCAAACCUUCCAGCGUGGUUACAAUCCAACCAGCGGAGUCCAAAGCGGAGCCGCAGCCUUCAUAAAGCGUCUCAUUCAUGUGCCUGAGAGGGCUGCAUGCUACUACAGUCAUGUUUUCCUCCAAACCACUUAUGAUACAAUGCCUUUGAGCCAUUGUCUUACUCUGAAUGCUGCAUGAGUUUUGGCUUUCUUGUGUUUUCUUUGCUCCACUUUAUUGUACACAUUGUACUUCUCUACAGAGGGACAUUCUGGCCUUAAGGAAGGGUUGAUUCUGCUUUAUCUGGUGUGUGCCGGCUUUUCUGGUGUGCAUGUGUCGGUUAUAUUUCGAAGACACGAGGAUGUACAAAUGUUUUCAAACUUUUUGAAAUCAUGACGGGGGACUUGGGCAAAUAAUUUAAAUGUAUUUAUUGUAUUUUAUUGAAAUAAAUCAAUCAAACUGUU